AUGAUUGAAAGAGAUGUGGCAGAUGUUGCAAAUGCACUAACCGGACAACAUCCAUCUGGAGAGCCAUCUUUUAUGCAUGCUUUGAAUCUUAAUGUCAUACAUGCACCGAAAUUUCCUGAAUACGUCAAUAUAGCCCCAACUGUUGUAGCUGACGGUGAAUUUGCCGUUGGAAUGGAGUUUAACUCUAUAGAGACUAUUAUUGCAUCAGUUAAAGAGUAUACCAUUAGAAGAGGAGUUGAUUACAGGUAUUGUUGGGUGAUAAGGAGGUACAAUAGUAGUCACAUGUACACCAGAAGUACCAUAUCUCAGGAUCAUGAUAAACUAGACUCUGAUACAAUUGCAGAAGUGAUAAAGCCAUUAGUUGAAGCUGACCCGUCCAUAAAGGUGAAAUUUGUCAUUGCUGAAGUGCAAUCAAAAUUCAACUACACGAUAAGUUAUCGCAAAGUAUGGUUGGCCAAGCAAAAGGUAGUGGAGAAAAUAUUUGGUGGGUGGGAAUCUUCAUAUAAAACUUUGCCCACAUGGUUUGAAGCAAUGGUUGCAAAAGAACCAUCAGCAGCUGUUGAGUACGAAACUGCAUAUGACUAUCGAGGGGAUGAGUUAGUUGAGGAUCUCCGGAUUCUGAUACGAGUCUUUUGGGCUUUCUACCCAUGCAUUAAAGCAUUCAGAAGUUGCAAGCCAGCGGUUCAGAUUGACGGCACACAUUUAUAUAGAAAGUAUAAAGGAGCUAUUUUAGUUGCAGUAUCACAAGAUGGCAAUGGAAAUAUUGUGCCUCUUGCAUUUGCCAUAAUCGAAGGUGAGAUUGCCGAUGUCUGGCACUUUUUUCUUAGCCAUUUUCGAACACAUGUAGUUAAUCGGGAUGAUGUUGCCCUUAUCUCUGAUCGACACGAGUCAAUCAUUUCACCUGUGGGUCGUAGUAAUGGAGCAUGGAAUAUCCAAGAGCUAUUCACAUGUUUUGCAUCCGACACAUAG